ACUCACUUGUUCCUGGUUGAUCCUCAAAUCAUCAAAGGAAAACGUGGUAUUACUGGACAAUUAAGUUAAAUCUUUUUCAACUUGAUCAUUUUCAUAUCUCUGUAUCACCUUAUGUUUGGUUUAUUCACUCAUCGAUUGUUAUUUAAUUGUCUUUUUGAUUACUCUCAUUGAUUGACUGAAUUUCAAUUUGUAAUUCAUUCAUCGAGUCAACGUUUUUAUUUAAGAAUGGCAACUACUCAACACAGUAAAAAGCGUGUCUGUUACUAUUAUGAUGGUGAUAUUGGAAAUUAUUAUUAUGGCCAAGGUCAUCCAAUGAAGCCACACCGAAUUCGAAUGGCUCACAAUUUAGUUCUUAACUAUGGAUUAUAUCGUAAAAUGGAAAUCUAUCGACCCCAUAAAGCUACACAGGAAGAAAUGACUAAAUAUCAUAGUGAUGAUUACAUUCGCUUUUUAAGGAGCAUCAGACCUGACAAUAUGAGCGAGUACAAUAAGCAAAUGCAAAGAUUCAAUGUUGGUGAAGAUUGUCCAGUAUUUGAUGGAUUAUAUGAAUUUUGUCAACUAUCAACUGGAGGUUCAGUCGCUGGAGCGGUUAAACUCAACAAACAAGCCGCAGAUAUUGCAGUUAAUUGGUCUGGUGGUCUGCAUCAUGCAAAAAAAUCAGAAGCCUCUGGAUUUUGUUAUGUUAAUGACAUCGUUCUUGCUAUUCUUGAAUUACUCAAGUAUCAUCAGCGAGUUUUAUACAUUGAUAUUGAUAUUCAUCACGGUGAUGGAGUUGAAGAAGCAUUUUAUACCACUGAUAGAGUGAUGACCGCCUCAUUCCAUAAGUAUGGUGAAUAUUUCCCUGGUACUGGUGAUCUCAGAGAUAUUGGUGCUGGUAAGGGUAAAUAUUAUGCUGUCAAUUUCCCUCUUCGUGAUGGUAUUGACGAUGAAGCCUAUGAAAGUAUCUUCCAGCCUCUCAUUUCAAAAGUAAUGGAAAUGUAUCAACCAAGUGCGGUUGUUUUACAAUGUGGUGCUGACUCUUUGUCAGGAGAUCGAUUGGGUUGUUUCAAUUUAACCCUUAAGGGACAUGGUAAAUGUGUCGAAUUUGUUAAAAAGUACAAUUUACCAUUACUUUUAGUCGGUGGAGGAGGUUACACAAUUCGUAAUGUUGCUCGAUGUUGGACUCAUGAGACUGCCGUUGCUCUUAAUUGUGAAAUACCCAAUGAGCUCCCAUAUAAUGACUACUUUGAAUAUUUCGGACCUGAUUUUAAAUUACACAUUAGUCCAUCUAAUAUGGCUAAUCAAAAUUCACCUGAAUAUCUUGAAAAAAUCAAAACUCGGCUUUAUGAGAAUCUUCGUAUGUUACCCCAUGCGCCUGGUAUUCAACAAACUGUCAUACCCGAGGAUGCACUUAAUGAAGAUAGUGAAGAUGAAGAUAAACAAGAUCCAGAUGAAAGGAUUAGCAUUCGUGCUUCCGAAAAGCGAAUCGCCAAAGAUGAGGAAUUUUCUGACUCUGAAGAUGAAGGUGACGGUCGUCGAGAUAUUCGAACCCAUAAACCCAGUAAGCCUAAAAGAGCAAAGGUUGAUGGUGAAACGGUUAAUAAAAGGCCGGAGGAUAAAAAAACUGAUGAAAUUCCAGAAGAAGCAAAGACUGAAGGAGAGAUUGAGAAAGAUGUUGUAAUGAAUACAAAUUCACAAUCUUCGGAAUCAGUUAAAGACCAAGAAUCAAGUAAAGAAGCGGUCAAAGAGACACCAAUGGAUCAAGCAAGCGCUGGAGACACAGCCACUGACAAUGGAACCCCUGCUACCAAGGAGUCAUCAUCCAAUGAAUCUAAAUCAGAAACACGGAGAUCGUUAGAGUUAAAAUGAAUACUCACUUGGGCUAUUUUAAUAAAUCUCAAUCUCCAUCUUAAAUAUUAUACAAAUAUGCAGUUUCAAUGGACAAAACAAUAACAGAAAACAACAAAAAAAAAAUAUUAAUACGCAUCAUCAUCACCAAUACCUUCCCAUUCAUACAUAUAAACACACGCGAACAAACAAUUAGCAAUCCAAUCGCUAAUCACACACAAUUCACACACAUUAAGCAUCCAGUGAGACUCAUUUCAAUAUGAAAAAAAUGAAGGAAUCGAUCGACUGGAUUAAGAUGAAUCACUCAAUUGUUUUUUUCUUCAAUGAUAAUGUCGCAAAUCAAUGAUCCCUUUCCAAACCCUCUCUCUCUCUCUCUUUCACUUCUUGUGCUUAAUCGUUCAAUUUGGUUUGUGUCUUCGAUACGAAAAACAAUGACCAGAAUAGGUCAUUUUCGAGCGUCCCACCAGAUUGUCUCAUCACAAUCAAUCAUCAUCAUCACCAUCACGAUUCACAUCAUCUUUACUUUUUUUAUACAAAAUCUCAUGGAAAUUCAAUGAGAUUAUCUCAUUGGAAGAUGAGAUUAGUUUACAAUAUACUUUUGACCUUUUCUAUUCUCCUCAUUAUCUUAGUAUUUUGAAUUAUCCAAUUUCCGCCAUUCUUCAUGUUUCCUUCUCCCUCCCUCUCUCUCUCUCUCUCUCUCCCUACAAUUAAAAUGUUCAUUAAUCACUAAUUAAUAUGGAUGAAGAAGGAUAAAUUUACAUUGAUUAAAUUAGUUUAUCUUCCAAUCUGAUUUGUUUCUGUUGAGUUUCCAUGUUGACCUUUCCGACUCUUUUGUUCAGUGUAUCUUUUUUUUUAAUCAACAAUUAACUAAUUGUGGUUUUCAUAAAAACGAAUUAAUUUAUCCCUUA